AUGUAUUCAAACAACAGCAACAACAGCAGCAGUAAUAAUAGCUCCUCGUCUCAGUUUGAGGGAAUAGGAGGACGUUCCCAACCGCCUCUUCCUUACACUUUUCAAGAUGCCGCAAAUACACUUCCACCGUUGAAAAAUGUGCCGCAACCACCACCUCCGCAACCUGCUCAAAAGUCUCGAAAACCAUGGACUACAGAGGAUGACAAUUUGCUUCGGUUAGCAGUCCAAAUCUACGGAGACCACACGGACAAGUGGUCGAAAAUAGCGGCAUGCGUUCCAAACAGAUCAAAUAAAAAUUGUAGGAAACGUUGGUUUCAUUCUCUUGACCCUAGUUUGCGAAAAGGUCCGUGGACACACGAAGAAGAUGAUUUAUUGACGAAAGGAUAUGAGCAACAUGCUGGAAAAUGGAGUCUUAUUGCUAAAAAUAUUCCCGGGCGAACGGAUGAUCAAUGUGCUAAAAGAUGGAGAGAAAGCUUGAAUCCGGCAAUUUGUAAACAACAAUGGACCGCGGAGGAAGAUGAACGGUUGCUACGUAAAUAUAAUGAAUUGGGUAGUAAGUGGCAAGAAAUUGCUAGAUUCUUUCCCGGUCGCCCUGGUUUACACUGUCGUAACAGAUGGCGAAAAAUACAAAGACAAAAUAAGAAAGAAUCCUUGUCGGCUCCAACCAAUGAAGUUUCACAAAUAUCUGAAAUGGAAAUAACGCCGCCUCAAAUGCCUCAAAUCCUGGUCGAGGCCACGUCAUCCUCACCAUCGUCCUCUUCUUCGGGUAAUAAUGAUAUGGCAGCUUAUAGGCAGGUCACAGCGAACAACGCAGAAUCGUUGGCAAGUUCGACCCCUCUCAUGGAUCUUAUGGGACGUUCUGAUUCAAUGUUAUCAGAGAUUUCGCCUACUCAGACCACGAUGGAAGAAACUUUAGCAACUUCAACCGCAUCCAGUAAUCCUAGUAUUUCUUCCUUGCUGUCGCCAAAUGUUUCGUCAACAGCGCCACAUCAUAGCAUCAUGGAAAUAAUUGAUCCACCUCCACCUCAAUUUGAUCUUCCACCACAAGUUCCCGUGCUCCAAACUACCUCGCCGUCCUCACCACCGCCAACUUUUACAGAAGCUUCUUAUUCCCCACUUGAAGAAAAUACAAUUGUCGAUAUUCCCAUGGAAACAGAUUUUGAUCCUUCAAAAAAACCAUACGGUUGUGGGAUCGAUGGCUGUAAUUAUAUUUAUAAUAAUUCCAGUGGCUUAUUCUAUCAUUCAAAAUCUGCUCACCCUGAAGCUGCGAAUGAUAGGCCAUUUCAAUGCGCGAUGCCCGGAUGUAACAAAAAAUAUAAGAAUAUCAAUGGACUCGAGUAUCAUCUUAAGAAUGCAAAAGGCUCAUCUGGACAUAAAAAUGACACUGCCGAUGAAGGAACUAAUAAUCAGUCUGCACCAAAACCAUAUGUAUGUAAAGUGGGUGGUUGCAAAAAAAGUUAUAAAAAUCAAAAUGGCUUAACUUAUCAUAUGGAACAUGCGCAUAACAACUCAAAUAACUCUGGUAGCAGUAUCGACACAUCAAGGAAAUCUAUAACAAAUAAUAAUGCAUCUCAAUCACUGUCAUCUAAUAGUGACAAUGCAUUUCGAACAUCUAUUGUUGAUGACAAUAUGACUACUAUUACCACCUUUGAAUCUCGUAAUUUGUCUGAUCAGCAACUUAUUUCUCCUAUCAAUAAUACAUCACAAAAUUUUACUACUCCACAAUAUCCAAGAUUUAUGACGAUCCUUCCACGUCCUAACCAAUAA